CGCCCCGUUGGAGGUGAAUCGGACUGUAGAAGCAAUAUUUUAGCGGUUUAUCUUCUUGGAUACAUUCCGAACUGUCUUUAUCAGAAUUUCUGUUUGUGCUACCAACAGAUACCACAGACCAAGUUUGAUUUGUGUCUUCCUCAACGAAACCAUGGCUGGGCGACAGGCACCUCGAAGGACCUCUCCAAACUGGGAUGAAUCUGAUACUGAUGAAGACCAGGAAGAAAUCGACAAAGUUAAAGCUAAACUGGGUGAAAAACUACAAGCUAAAGAGGACCGUCAGCCUGCAGUAAAAUGGAGAAAAAGAGACCAAUUUGGGCGGCUGAUUCUAAAGAGUCGCAGUUCUUCAAAACUGCACGCCAAACGUCAGAAGAGAACUGGUCAGUCGCAGUUACCAAAUAUUUCUGCAGAAUAUGUUGCAGACAGGACAGAAGGCACAGUCACCUCUGAGGUGCAACAGACCCACAAUAUGAUUGACCUUCAUAUACAGGAACUGCAAAAGAUGGUUGAUGCAGUUGAGGAGGAUGUUGCCGGAUGUUCAAAUUCCACAGAAGCCUCAUCUGGUCGAACAUGGACAGUACGUCAGGCUUUAUCUGAUGAAAGAUGGCGGAAAGCAAGACCUCAGCUUCUUGAAGCCAUGCUUGAGGCAGGAAAGAUCCCGAAGGGUCUUUGUCAACUGUGCAAAGCUAAAGAUGCAGUCAUUUGUUGCACAGACUGCCUUCCACAACCCUUGUUGUGCCCCAAAUGUGACAUAACUGUACAUCGGAAGUACAGUUUGCAUAACAGAUGCCUAUUUGUAGGAGAUAGUUACAAAGCUCUUCCUCCUACUGAUAUUAUCACUGAAGAUGCUAGUGGUCAGCCAUCACCGUGUGAAGAAGUUCGUCUCCUGCCAUUUGCUUUGCCCAGAAAGAUUUGCAGCUGCAAUGCAGACAAUGUGUCAUUGAGUGGUGGGCAAAAAGUAAUCUUCAUCAACAUAAAUGGUCGUUAUGACCUCUCUGUUCCUCUGCUGACCUGUGAGAACUGCCACUGCCAGUGGACACCACAGAUCAAAGAUUUGAUCUCAAAUGGAUACUGGCCUGGAACAAUUGAAUUCCAAACAGUUUUUUCCAUCGAUCUUUUUGCCACAUAUGAAGAUCUCAAAAUCAGUGCACCUGGUCUGAGUAGACACGCUUUCAUUCGAAUGCUGGAAAGUCGCUCAGUUCGUGCUGGCAGGGCUGGGAUAACAUCUGGUGACAAUUUCCAAAGAAGUUUCUUGGAAUGGACAUAUUGCCGGCACGAAAUUGAUAAACUUCUUGGAGAUGACCAUUUCUCAUGUCCUGCCUGUGGUGAUGACAUGGUCGCAGUGUCUCUGGACGGCAACAGAAAAAUGUAUCGCUUCAAUCGUCAGGGGGCGGUCGAAUGCCCAUACUUUGAAGGAACUUUCAUUGCCAAAGACACAGAUGUUGAAGGAUUUGUGCAAAGGAUUUGAGACAAAGUAAAACCUGCACCUGGACGCCCAUCCUGCGGUAAAUCCAACUUCAAAGCGGGCAGGGAGGCUACCAGAAAGUCAGAGGCCAGACUGGAUGAAGAGGGAAUGAUGACAUCUGUCUGCAGACACUGCAUUCUAUUUAGUGGCCUCAACAUGUUUCGUGGGGAAAUCUUUGCCUACCCUCUCUACCUACAGCAAGAUCUUGGAAAAGAACACAAGAUUGAGUUUGUUUGCACUGACGUCAUGUGUAAAUACUACCCAUAUAUACAGAGGGUAGUUGAGUCCUUUCCAGAACUGCAGUAUGUCCUGCAAAUGCGGCCAUUUCUGUCAGUGAUGCAUGCGAAAGGUCACUCGACAAAAUGCGAGGUGGAGUGGAGUGGUCGCAACCAGGAAGGGGCAGG